UGAGUGAUCAAACAUUCUUUUUACACUAAGCCAGGAGGGAGUGGGGCAAAGAUGCCGAUACCACCACCUCCUCCACCUGGACCUCCUCCACCUCCAACUUUCAGUCAGGCAAAUACAGAAGCACCAAAAUUGAACAGAGAUGAGCAGCGAGGGAGAAAUGCUCUGCUGCAAGACAUUUGUAAAGGGACCCAACUGAAAAAAGUGGCUCAAGUUAAUGAUCGCAGUGCACCUAUCCUUGAAAAAUCCAAGAGUGGCAGCAGCUAUAAUUCUGCUGCAUCUCCUCUUUCAACAAAAGUGGGCCUUUUCCAAGGUGGUAUCCCCAAACUACGACACAUGGGAGUAAAAGAAAGUUCAGACAACUCCUCUGGGAAGGUACUACAUCAGGGUUCUGGGGUUCGAUCAGCUGCACCCCGGCCUCCUGUGUGUGCUACUAGCACACGACCCCAAGAUGACACUGAAAAUAGCCGAGCUUCUCCCCCAGAGCUUCCACGCAUGCAGAGACCUUCAUUGCCAGAUCUUUCACGGCCAAACAGUGCCAGUGGCACUGGUAUGAAGCAUAGCUCUUCAGCCCCACCACCGCCACCUCCUGGACGGCGAGCCAAUGCUCCUCUUGCUCCACAUUCUAUGCAUAAUAGCAAAGCACCUUCCUACAACCGUGAGAAGCCAUUGCCACCAACUCCAGGACAAAGGCUUCCAGGAAAUCGUGAUGGACCACCAGCUCCUCCUCCCAUCAAGCCCCCCCCUUCCCCAGUAAAUAUCCGGUCAGGACCAAGCAGUCAGAGCCAAUCCUUGGUACCCCCUCCCCCACCUUACCGGCAGCCUCCUGGUGUCCCUAAUGGCCCUGCCAGCCCUAUUAAUGAAUCUGCUCCUGAGCUUCCCCAGAGACACAAUUCCUUACAUAGAAAGACACCUGGACCAGGGAGGGGUAUGGCACCUCCCCCUCCUCCUUCAGCAUCUCCUUCCUUACAGAAUAGUCGGCCCCCACCUCCUGCCCGUGAUCCUCCAAGCCGAGGUGCAGCUCCACCACCACCUCCACCCAUGAUACGAAAUGGUGGAAGAGAUGCACCUCCACCGCCUCCACCCUACAGAAUACAUGGGUCUUCAGAUCCCAUGAAUCGUGGGAAACCACCCCCUCCUCCUACCAGAACACCAGUUGGACCACCCCCUCCUCCCCCACCAAUGAGAAAUGGACAUCGGGACUCUAUCUCUACAGUUAGGUCUUAUUUGGAUGACUUUGAAUCCAAAUACUCUUUUCAUCCAGUUGAAGAUUUCCCAGCUCCAGAAGAGUUCAAAUAUUUUCAGAGAAUUUAUCCCAGCAAAACUAACAGAGCUACUCGUGGGGCCCCUCCUCUGCCUCCUGUCCCUAGGUGAAAAACAGCAAAUGAGCAUUUUUGCUUAGCACCAAAACUUGUUCUUAAAUUCUCUUCCCACCUCCAAAAAGCAUUCCUCAGAAAUCUGCAUGAAAAAUACAUUCCUGCUUUUUUAAUUGCAAGAACCUGGAUGAACUUAUCAUUACUCAACUUUCUCUAUGCAUUUCACUCUCUGACAUAAAAAGGCAUCUGUUGGCAUAGCCAGGUGAGAAUACUCCUGCACAUCAAUGCUAAUUUCCUCCCUUUCCUGCUAUCUUUGUCACAAGGGGGGCGGGAAACCUUCAGUUCAUAAACACUACAGUUCAAGAACAAGGGAAGAGUGAAUGUUUCCCAGGAAAGAAAACCAAUCAGAACAACAAAGCUAUGGGCCAAGUUGAAGUGGUUAUUUAUAGAUGCUUGCUUAUCAUAAGGAAGGAAAUGGCCACAAAUUGUAUGGAUUAGGGAACAUUAAUUCUUUUUUAAAGGGCUGUGCUAUGAAAAAAAUUGAAAUGGCUCCUUCAUUUUUCAUUGCAGGCACCACAUAUUCAGUUAUUAAACUUUGUAACUUAAAGCAGGAGGAGAAAGAUGAACUAAAUGGCAUGUCUUAAAGACAGUUUAAAAAAAUGAUAAAGCUGCAUAAGAAAGCAGUAUCUGUAGAAGUGCUCAAAAAAGUGGGCAAGUACAGAAGUUACCGUGCUAUGUUUUGGCAGAGUUGUUGUCUUGCAAAUCUGGAAUCCUAAUCUUUGAUUGUCAGUUUCUCCAAAAGAAGCUGGCAUCCUAAAUGAAGCUUCUCAAAAUGGGAUUGUGUUUCUACAGAAUAAAAGAUACCAUGGUAGAGAUGAACAGAUUGUAAAGUCUAAUAGCUAUCACUGAUUUCUGCAUUGUAUUUAAAAAAAAAGGCAUGACUGUUAUUGAGGAACUAGCAGCCCCUGAAAGUGAAAAGAAUGAUGUCCUGACAAAUACUGGGGAUGAAGAACUAGUUUAUAGCAAACUAGUGGAUAAAUGUUGCAAUACAGUGCUGGCCAUAGAUAAUACACUGAAGGUGCUACACCAGUAUAGAACAAAAUAUAUAUUAUAUUCCAACUUGUUAGAAUUUCUGAUGCCUGAAUGUCCUGUGUCUUCAGAAGAUCCAUCUUGCUCUCAUUAACAGAAAUGCCCAGCUUCAUUGUCUUAUCCUAUGAAUAUUUUUCAGACAUAAUCAGUCUUGAGAAUGUAACCAUCUAUUGCUGAGGGAUGGCAAAACACCUGAGAAGUAUUCUGUUUUUUUGCUGAGAAGUGGAUGGGCGCUGGCUACUACCAAUUCCAGAGCGUCAUUGACUGUCUGAAGGUCCCAUUGGCAUACAUUCCAGUCUAGUAAUGGGGAACAUACCUUUAAUGGCAAACUUCCAAUUAAAAUUUUU